AUGUCAUUCAACAUAAAUUGGGACAAUCUACAAUCAGAUCCAAGAAUAAAUGAUUCAAUAGCAGAAUUUUUACAAGAUCAAUUUGAUAAUUUAACAUUACCUUCAUUCAUAUCAAAUUUACAAGUAUUAAAUUUUAAUUUAGGAGAUAUACCACCAGAAAUAACAAUACGGCAUAUUGGUGAUCCAUUUGAAGAAUUUUAUAAUGAUGGUAAUUUAGAAGAAAAUGAAAAUCUAAAGCAACAAUAUGAACAAGAACAACCACCACAAGAAGAUCAAGAGGAUAACGAUUAUGAUUAUGAUUCUGAAGAAGAUGAUGAUAGAUUAUCUACUAUAGCUGAAGGUAUAACUAUGAUGGAUUUAUCAACUAAUACAAUAACAUCUAAUGAACAGUCACCACAUCACCAUCAAAGACCUCCCAUACGAGGUGGAACAACCACAUCAAAUUCAUUUGGACCUCCAACAUUAACAAGAUCAAAGGAUUCAUUUCAAUCAAUUUUAGGUGUACAAGGUAUAUUGGGGACAUCUAAUGCAACAAAUACAAGUGGACUGGAAACUCCAAGUCAUAUUUUAAAUCAAAAUAUUUUUUCAUCUAGAGUCAUUCCUAAAAUCACUACAAAACAAGAACAAAUAAAACAAUCGGAGAAGAAUGUAAAUGAUAUACAACUAAUAGUAGAGAUUAAAUAUAAAGGAGAUUUACAUAUCGAUUUAUUAGUAACAUUGUUAGUGAAUUAUCCAUCCCCCAAUUUCAUUUCUUUACCAAUAAAACUCCACGUCACAGACUUAUUCAUCCACUCAAUAGCCACAAUAGCCUACCUCAAACACUCAGUGUUUUUUUCCUUUUUAUGUGACAUAAAUGAUGAAUUUGAACCACAUCCAACAGUUUCAACACCCGUGGGAGGAAAUAUCGUUGAUUAUUUCGUAAACGAUCAAAAUAACAAUAAGGAAAGAAUAGAUAUACUUAAAAAAAUUAGAAUUGAAAGUGAAAUUGGUGAAGUUGAAAAUAACGUUUUAAGAAAUGUAGGAAAAGUUGAGAAAUUUUUAAUGGAACAAUUACGUAAUAUUUUGAGGGAUGAAAUUGCUUGGCCAAGUUGGAUUUGUAUUGAUUUGAAUGGGGAUAAUGAAGAUGAAAACGAAGAUGAAGAAGUUGAAGAGAAUGGAAUUACAACUAAUUGA